CCGUGACGCCCCACUCUUCCGGGCACGCCCCUGCCCAAAGGCUUUAAAGGCGCCGUGUGGGACGUCACUUUCAUGCGACCUCAUCUUUGUCAGUGCACAAAAUGGCGCCCUACAGCCUACUGGUGACUCGGCUGCAGAAAGCUCUGGGUGUGCGGCAGUACCAUGUGGCCUCAGUCCUGUGCCAACGGGCCAAGGUGGCGAUGAGCCACUUUGAGCCCAACGAGUACAUCCACUAUGACCUGCUAGAGAAGAACAUUAACAUUGUUCGCAAACGAUUGAACCGGCCGCUGACCCUCUCGGAGAAGAUCGUGUAUGGACACCUGGAUGACCCCACCAGCCAGGAAAUCGAGCGGGGCAAGUCAUACCUGCGGCUGCGGCCGGACCGUGUGGCCAUGCAGGAUGCGACGGCCCAGAUGGCCAUGCUCCAGUUCAUCAGCAGCGGGCUGCCCAAGGUGGCCGUGCCGUCCACCAUCCACUGUGACCAUCUGAUUGAGGCCCAGGUUGGGGGUGAGAAAGACCUGCGCCGGGCCAAGGACAUCAACCAGGAAGUUUAUAAUUUCCUGGCAACUGCAGGUGCCAAAUAUGGCGUGGGCUUCUGGAAGCCUGGAUCUGGAAUCAUUCACCAGAUUAUUCUAGAAAACUAUGCGUACCCUGGUGUUCUUCUGAUUGGCACUGACUCCCACACCCCCAAUGGUGGCGGCCUUGGGGGCAUCUGCAUUGGAGUUGGGGGUGCUGAUGCUGUGGAUGUCAUGGCUGGGAUCCCCUGGGAGCUGAAGUGCCCCAAGGUGAGGGUGAUUGGUGUGAAGCUGACGGGCUCUCUUUCCGGUUGGUCCUCACCCAAAGAUGUGAUCCUGAAGGUGGCAGGCAUCCUCACGGUGAAAGGUGGCACAGGUGCAAUCAUGGAAUACCACGGGCCUGGUGUAGACUCCAUCUCCUGCACUGGCAUGGCGACAAUCUGCAACAUGGGUGCAGAAAUUGGGGCCACCACUUCCGUGUUCCCUUACAACCACAGGAUGAAGAAGUACCUGAGCAAGACCGGCCGGGCAGACAUUGCCAAUCUAGCUGAUGAAUUCAAGGAUCACUUGGUACCUGACCCUGGCUGCCAUUAUGACCAACUAAUUGAAAUUAACCUCAGUGAGCUGAAGCCACACAUCAAUGGGCCCUUCACCCCUGACCUGGCUCACCCUGUGGCAGAAGUGGGCAAGGUGGCAGAGAAGGAAGGAUGGCCUCUGGACAUCCGAGUGGGUCUAAUUGGUAGCUGCACCAAUUCAAGCUAUGAAGAUAUGGGGCGCUCAGCAGCUGUGGCCAAGCAGGCACUGGCCCAUGGCCUCAAGUGCAAGUCCCAGUUCACCAUCACUCCAGGUUCCGAGCAGAUCCGCGCCACCAUUGAGCGGGACGGCUAUGCACAGAUCUUGAGGGAUCUGGGCGGCAUCGUCCUGGCCAAUGCUUGUGGCCCCUGCAUUGGCCAGUGGGACAGGAAGGACAUCAAGAAGGGGGAGAAGAACACAAUCGUCACCUCCUACAACAGGAACUUCACGGGCCGCAAUGACGCGAACCCCGAGACCCAUGCCUUUGUCACGUCCCCAGAGAUUGUCACAGCCCUGGCCAUUGCGGGAACCCUCAAGUUCAACCCAGAGACCGACUACCUGACGGGCACGGAUGGCAAGAAGUUCAAGCUGGAGGCUCCGGAUGCAGAUGAGCUUCCCGAAGCGGAGUUUGACCCAGGGCAGGACACCUACCAGCACCCACCCAACGACAGCAGCGGGCAGCACGUGGACGUGAGCCCCACCAGCCAGCGCCUGCAGCUCCUGGAGCCUUUUGACAAGUGGGAUGGCAAGGACUUGGAGGACCUGCAGAUCCUCAUCAAGGUCAAAGGGAAGUGUACCACUGACCACAUCUCGGCUGCUGGCCCCUGGCUUAAGUUCCGUGGGCACUUGGAUAACAUCUCCAACAACCUGCUCAUUGGUGCCAUCAACAUUGAAAACGGCAAGGCCAACUCGGUGCGCAAUGCCGUCACUCAGGAGUUUGGCCCCGUCCCUGACACUGCCCGCUACUACAAGAAACAUGGCAUCAGGUGGGUGGUGAUCGGAGACGAGAACUACGGCGAGGGCUCGAGCCGGGAGCAUGCAGCUCUGGAGCCUCGCCACCUUGGGGGCCGGGCCAUCAUCACCAAGAGCUUUGCCAGGAUCCACGAGACCAACCUGAAGAAACAGGGCCUGCUGCCUCUGACCUUCGCUGACCCAGCUGACUACAACAAGAUUCACCCUGUGGACAAGUUGACCAUUCAGGGCCUGAAGGACUUCACCCCUGGCAAGCCCCUGAAGUGCAUCAUCAAGCACCCCAAUGGGACCCAGGAGACCAUCCUCCUGAACCACACCUUCAACGAGACGCAGAUUGAGUGGUUCCGCGCUGGCAGUGCCCUCAACAGAAUGAAGGAGCUGCAACAGUGAGGGCAGUGCCUCCCCGCCCCCCGACUGGCGUCAAGUUCAGCUCCACGUGUGCCAUCAGCGGAUCCGAUCCAUCCAGCCAUGGCUUCUUAUUCCAAGAUAGUGUGACCAGACAUGCUUCCUGCUCCCCGCUCAGCCCACGGAGUGACUGUGGUUGUGGUGGGGGGGUUCUUAAAAUAACUUUUUAGCCCCUGUCUUCCUAUUUUUAGUUUGGUUCAGAUCUUAAGCAGCUCCAUACAACUGUAUUUAUUUUUGAUGACAAGACUCCCAUCUAAAGUUUUUCUCCUGCCUGAUCAUUUCAUUGGUGGCUGAAGGAGUCUAGAGAACCUUUUGUUCUUGCAAGGAAAACAAGAAUCCAAAACCAGUGA